UUGGACGAGAAAAGAGAGGAGCAGAAAGCAGAGCAGAGUCUCCAAUGGCCACUCUUUCUUCUUCUCCAUCUGCUUCUGCUUCUGCUUCUGCUUCUUCUUCUUCUUCCUCAUCCUCUCUUCUCUUCUCCUCGAGGCUCCGUCCUUCCUACCAUAAGCUCCUCUCCCUCUCCUCUUCACCACCUUCCUCCCCCUCCCUCUCCAUUUCCUCCUCCUCCUCUUCCUUCUUCUCCCAUUUCCCCGUUGCUUCCCAACUCCGGAGCUCCCGCGCUCGCUCUGGUAAUAUUUCCUUCACGGUCAAUGCCGCUGCUGCAGGGAAGAAGAAGGUCCUGAUCGUCAACACCAACAGUGGGGCUCAUGCUGUGAUCGGGUUCUACUUUGCCAAGGAGCUUCUGGGCUCCGGGAACGAUGUCACCAUUUUCACCGUCGACGAAGAGACCUCCGACAAGAUGAAGAAGCCCCCCUUCAGCCGAUUCUCGGAAAUCGUGAGUGCGGGAGGCAAGACGGUGUGGGGAGACCCAGCAGACAUAGGGAACGUUGUCGGAGGAGAAGCCUUUGAUGUGGUUUUAGACAACAACGGCAAAGAUCUCGAUGCUGUGAAGCCGGUGGCAGAUUGGGCAAAGAGUUCGGGAGUGAAGCAGUUCUUGUUCAUCAGCAGCGCUGGGAUCUAUAAGCCGACUGACGAGCCACCUCAUGUUGAAGGGGAUGCUGUAAAGGCUGAUGCCGGUCACGUUGGAGUAGAGAAGUACAUGGCUGAGAUAUUUAGCAACUGGUCAGUGUUUCGACCACAGUACAUGAUCGGUUCCGGCAACAACAAGGACUGUGAGGAGUGGUUCUUUGAUCGAAUUGUUCGAAACAGGCCAGUUCCCAUCCCCGGGUCAGGGAUGCAACUUACGAACAUUGCUCAUGUUAGGGACCUCUCCUCUAUGCUCACCCUGGCAGUCGAGAACCCAGGGGCUGCAUCGAGCAACAUUUUUAACUGCGUGAGCGACCGAGCUGUGACUUUAGAUGGAAUGGCAAAGUUAUGCGCCCAAGCCGCAGGUCUCCCAGUCAACAUCGUCCAUUACGACCCGAAAGAGCUCGGGAUCGAUGCGAAGAAAGCAUUCCCUUUCCGUAACAUGCACUUCUACUCAGAGCCAAGAGCAGCAAAAGACAUUUUGGGGUGGAAAGGGACUACAAACCUCCCAGAAGAUCUCAAGGAGCGGUACGAAGAGUAUGUAAAGAUCGGGCGCGACAAGAAGCCCAUGAAGUUCGAGUUGGACGACAAGAUCCUCGAGUCUCUCAAGGUUCCGGUGCCCGCUUAAUCGAGCAAGACUCUCCCUUUCAAAAUCCAUGGGUUCUCUGAGAUAGUUUGACGUGAUCUUGCUUCAUGAUUUGUAGCCAUAUGAUGUGUACUAGUCGUGGCUCAGGGGAUAGUCCACCAAUCUAAUUACAAAAUAAAAAAAAUUUC